AUGCUGCUGAAUAAAAAUCAAUCCACAUUAGAAACUUUCCCGGUAUCAAGUUCAACGUCAUGUAUAUCUCCAUUUCUUUCAAAUAAAGUAGCUGCAGCUAAUGCAAAAGAUAAUAAAGCUUCUGAAAAACAAAAAAGUUUAUUUGUCACUUCACUAAGCGAUUGGGUAUGUUCAAGUAUGCGACCAAUCAGUAUAGUUGAAGAUAGCGGUUUAAAAAAUAUAAUGAAUCAAUGUAUUCAAAUAGGUUAUACAUGUGGGCCUAUUUCUGCUUCAUCUCUUUUACCUUGUCGUAAAACAUUAACAAAAGAAAUUAAAAAAAAUGCAAAUAUUGGUCGAAAUGAAAUGAAGACUGUUCUUAUAUCAGCAGCACAUCAACGACGUUUAUCUUUGUCGCCUGAUUUAUGGUCAGAUGGUUAUAAGAAGAUGUCCUAUUUAGGAUGUACAGCUCAAUGGGUCGAUGAAGACUGGAAUUUAUGUACGUUUGAAUUGUUUUGUUUACCAUAUCGAAAACCUAACAAAAACUCGGCAAAUAUAAUUCAGGUAAUUGAAGAAGGAUUAGCACUCUAUGAUUUACAACAUUUUAUGUACGAUGUUAUUUGGGUGUGUGACAGAGGAAGUAAUCUGAAGAAAGCAUUGGAGAAGUUCACUGUUGUGCAUUGCGUUGCACACCGAUUAAAUAACGUAUUGCAAUAUACAUUUUAUCAAGCUGAAAUUAAUAAAGUGAAGAAAGAUGUAGCAUUUGGUGAUUAUUAUACUAAUGCAGUUGAAGAUCAAGAUGAUCAAAUUAGUGAAAGUGAAGAAAUUGAAGAAUCUUGCGACGAUGAACAAUUGAUUGAUAUACGAACCGAAGUUGUUAGUUAUGUAUCCACAGCAUCUACUCGAAAUAAUCCAAGUACUGUUCUUGCUCAACUAUCAGCUGAUGCAAAACGCGUUUUAGUAACUAUUAUCCAGUGUAAAGAACUUGUUAAAUAUAUUAAGAAGGUAAAUUUGAAUCAAGAACUCGAGAAUAGAGAUGCUGGUGUUUUAAUUCAAUGUACAAUUGUCAGAUGGCUCUCUCUAUAUUAUUGCUUACAGAGUGUUCGACAAUCUUUAAACCCAUUAGUCGAAAUAUUUGAUGAAAAAAAAUUGAACAAAAGAAGAAUCAAUAUAAUUAAUAUAUCUAUUUUGGAUAAAAUGAUAAAUUUUUUAAAACCUUGGAUGAACGUGAUGAAACGUAUUCAAUCUUCUUUAAUUCCAUCAAUUCAUACAGUUACACCAAGUAUAUAUAUAAUUAACUCCUCAUUAGAAAUAAAAUCAAACGAUGCUAAACAAGACAAAGGUAUGGUGUUUUUUCGUCAACGAGCGAAACAAGCCAUAAAAGAAAAAAUUUCUUUCCAUCCUAUACAUCUUAUGGGAACUUUCUUUAAUCCUAAAACUAGGAAAAUGAAGCACUUAUCACCAAAACAACAAGAAGAAUGCAUCGAAUACGUUAAGCAUGAAAUGCUUAUUAUGGAUAUUGAUCAGCAUAGUCAAUCACCUCCAAAAAAGAAACAAUGUUUGGUAAACACUACAUGUACAUAUAUGACAGAAUUUUAUUUAAAUACAGAAAAUGACGAUGAAGAUUAUGCUGAUCAACAUAAACUAUCAAAAGCUGCAUCACACAUGAACGAAAUCAAUUUAUAUUUAAAACAUGGUUUUGAUAAAACGACAAUAACAACAGAUUCUGCCCAAGAAAACGAAGAAUUUAAUCCUCUGGCAUUUUGGAAGAAUACACAUGGUUCGUAUCCUAUUUUGGCAAAGGUUGCUGCUCGAGUUUUAGGUGUACCAGCUACUAGCGCAGCCGUCGAACGUGAAUUCAGUUUCGCUGGUAACAUUAUUACGCAAAAGCGUGCAAGACUAUCACCAGAUACAGUUAAUGAGAUUGUUUUCAAUCAUUCAUUCAAUACGUACAAACAGCGAUUUAGUAACACAAGUAACAAUAAAUAA